UCCACCAUCAAUGCCCGAACGAUAGCCAGGAAGGCGCUGCGCAUACGCUCUCUCACCCAUCAUCCAUUUGAAUCUCAUCACCCGCAGCCAUGUCGUUGUCGAACAGCGCAUCCUUCAUUGAGCCGACGGGUAGCUCUUCCGAAGCUGAUGAGAUCGAUUCUCUCCCCUCUUCCGCCACAGAAUCCUCGCUGGAUGAUGAUGAAUACAUCUCGGAUGCGGAGCGCGAGUGGAGGGAAUCCUUACAACAAAUGGAGCUGCUGUUGACAAUGUUAAUUGUUCCAUACAUCGGAAAGUACUUUGGCAAGAAGUGUGCAUUCUGGAGCUGGGCCAAGUUCAUGGAGUGGAAAUACCCCGUUGAAGUCGUCGUGACUAGCCCGAAGUUGUUCAAGGCAACAACUGCGAUUGAGGCUGCUGCACCCUUAUAGUGGCCAGCCUGGUGUCGGGGAGGUUGAUGUGCAGGAAAUUAUUACGCUUUUAGAAACGGGAAAGCAUGUAUGGCGUUUUGGAUUCGCUUAUAGUCAAGAAUAACCACUUCGAAUGAGCUAUAGGGCAGCUCUGUACGGGAUACACAAAGCUCGACUUACUUAAUGUACCUAUUGCAAUUCAUCCUGUUCGCAGG